GCCUGGAGCUGUGCACCCAAGUAAAGUGUGGACGGUUGAUCGUGAGAUGGGCCGUUUAAGGGAAGAGUUGGCUGCUGCCCACCGCCGUGCACACGGCGCUGUUAAGGCAAAGACCGAGAUGGAAGAGAAGCUCGCGAAGACUGCAUCCAAUUUGGAAGCUUCGCGCAAACAAAACCAGCUCUUCCAGAAACAGCUCGAUAAGCACGAACAACUCCGCCACAACCUCUCUCUAGACCUCGAUGAGCGAUACCAGCAAUUCAUGACCGCACAAGCCGAUGCCGAGAAAGCCAUCGAGUCGCUUACGAUGCGUUGUCUCGCUGCCGAGCGUGACGCCGAGGCCUCCAAGUUUGAGGCACAGACCUACAAGAGCAAGUGGCAGAGUCUUGCAGAUCAGGAGAAGACUAGGAUUGAAGAGGAGCACGAGAUGGCUGUACAACUCAGUAACGCCGCCAAGGAUGUGCAGAAGCAUCUCGAGGUGAACCACACCCUGCAUCAGCGUCUUGCGGAGUCUGUUACGAGAGCUGAGAAGGAGCAGGAGCAGGCCAAGGCACGCUACGGUACUCUUCGUGAGAACCUCGCCUUGGUCGAGUCCGAGCUCGCGCAGGUCAAGGCCGAGACUGCGAUGGAGAUGAGAAGGCGUGAGGGCGAACUCGAGCAAGUUAAGGAAGGACACAAGAAUAACUUGAUGAUGAUCAAGUCCGCAAUGCACAUCACCAGUCCGGGUGUUUCCGCAUCUCCGUUGUUGACACCUCUUUCGCCACUCCUGAAGUCACCUCGUCUUUCGUGGUCUGCGGCGUCUCGUGGCCCACUCUCGGCAUUUCCUGUCGGUACUUCUCAAGUCGAGGUCCUCGAGGGCCACGUCAAGGAACUGGAGGAUGCGUUGAAGGAAGCUGAGACGGAGUGUUUGGGUGUCAUCGAGAGAAUGCAGAUGGCACAAAUCGAGAUUAUCGAGCUCGUUGGCGAGAGAGAUGAGGCGAGACGGAAGUUGAGGACCUUGGAGACGAAAAUGAGGAUUGGUAUUUAA